CCCGCGGUCGCCGCUGCCCGCACUCCGCGCCCGCCCGCCCGCAGCAUGCGCCAGAAAACACUAGAAAUUUACUCUGUGGAGCUCGAUGGAACCAAAGACAUCGGGAAGACAGACGCGGGGGAUGGCAAGGAGAAGAACAGGGGCCUGAAGAACAAAUGCCUGGACCUCAAAAAGAAUAACCAGAAAGAGGAGUUUAAGAAAGAACUGGACCUGGAUGACCACAAACUCAGCAGUAAGGAAUUGGAAAGGAAGUAUGGCACAGACAUCAGUACGGGUCUCUCCAGCUCCAGAGCGGCCGAGCUGCUGGCUCGGGACGGGCCCAACGCCCUCAGCCCUCCCAAGCAGACGCCAGAGAUCAUCAAGUUCCUCAAGCAGAUGGUGGGGGGCUUCUCCAUCCUGCUGUGGAUAGGGGCCUUCCUGUGCUACAUCGCCUACGGGAUUCUGUACUCCAACAACAGCUCUGUAUCCCUGGACAACGUGUACUUGGGCUCCGUGCUUAUCCUGGUCGUCAUUUUAACGGGGGUCUUUGCUUAUUACCAAGAGGCAAAAAGCACCAACAUCAUGUCCAGCUUCAGCAAGAUGAUCCCGCAGCAAGCCCUCGUCAUCCGGGACUCCGAGAAGAAGAUAAUCCCCGCAGAGCAGCUGGUGGUGGGGGACAUCGUGGAGGUGAAAGGGGGAGACCAGAUCCCCGCGGACAUCAGGGUGCUGUUUUCUCAGGGGUGCAAGGUAGAUAAUUCGUGUCUCACGGGGGAAUCUGAGCCCCAGUCCCGCUCCUCUGAGUUCACCCACGAAAACCCCCUGGAAACGAAGAACAUCUGCUUCUAUUCUACCACCUGUCUGGAGGGCACCGCCACCGGCAUGGUCAUCAGCACGGGCGACCGCACCACCAUCGGCCACAUCGCCUCCUUGGCGUCCGGGGUCGGGAACGAGAAGACGCCCAUUGCGGUCGAGAUCGAGCACUUUGUUCACAUCGUGGCAGGGGUGGCCGUCUCCAUCGGCAUCCUGUUCUUCAUCAUCGCCGUGUCCAUGAAGUACCAAGUCCUGGACGCCAUCAUCUUCCUCAUUAGCAUCAUCGUGGCCAACGUGCCUGAGGGCCUGCUGGCCACUGUCACCGUGACGCUGUCUCUGACCGCCAAGCGCAUGGCCAAGAAGAACUGCCUGGUGAAGAACCUGGAGGCGGUGGAGACCCUGGGGUCCACCUCCAUCAUCUGCUCGGACAAGACAGGGACUCUGACCCAGAACAGGAUGACCGUGGCCCAUCUGUGGUUUGACAACCAGAUCUUCGUGGCGGACACCAGUGAAGACCAGUCCAACCAAGUGUUUGACCAGACCUCCCGGACUUGGGCGUCCUUAUCCAAGAUCAUAACAUUGUGUAACCGGGCCGAGUUCAAGCCAGGACAGGAAAGCGUCCCCAUCAUGAAGAAAGUCGUGGUUGGAGACGCCUCAGAAACUGCGCUUCUGAAGUUCUCAGAGGUCAUUUUGGGUGACGUGAUGGAAAUCAGAAAAAGGAACCGCAAAGUAGCUGAAAUCCCUUUUAACUCUACUAACAAAUUUCAGCUCUCCAUACACGAGACAGAGGACCCCGAGGACAAGCGCUUCCUCAUGGUGAUGAAGGGGGCCCCCGAGCGCGUCCUGGAGAAGUGCAGCACCAUCAUGAUCAACGGCCAGGAGCAGCCGCUGGACAAGAGCACGGCCAAGGCCUUCCACACGGCCUACAUGGAGCUGGGCGGGCUGGGCGAGCGCGUGCUGGGUUUCUGUCACCUCUACCUGCCAACAGACAAGUUUCCAGAAACCUACUCGUUUGACACGGAUGCCAUGAACUUCCCCACCUCCAACUUCUGCUUCGUGGGGCUCUUGUCCAUGAUCGACCCCCCGCGGUCCACCGUGCCGGACGCCGUCACCAAGUGCCGCAGUGCGGGCAUCAAGGUCAUCAUGGUCACCGGCGAUCACCCCAUCACAGCCAAAGCCAUCGCCAAGAGCGUGGGGAUCAUCUCGGCCAACAGCGAGACAGUGGAAGACAUCGCCAACCGCCUCAACGUCCCCGUGGAGCAAGUUAACAAGCGGGACGCCAAGGCCGCCGUCGUGACCGGCCAGGAGCUGAAGGACAUGAGCCUGGAGCAGCUGGACGAGCUCUUGGCCAGCUACUCCGAGAUCGUCUUUGCCCGCACGUCGCCGCAGCAGAAGCUGAUCAUCGUGGAGGGCUGCCAGAGGCAGGACGCGGUCGUGGCAGUGACAGGAGACGGCGUCAACGACUCCCCCGCCCUGAAGAAGGCGGACAUCGGCAUCGCCAUGGGCAUCGCGGGCUCUGACGCAGCCAAAAACGCCGCCGACAUGGUCCUGCUGGACGACAACUUCGCCUCCAUUGUCACGGGCGUGGAGGAAGGCCGCCUGAUCUUCGACAACCUGAAGAAGACCAUCGCCUACACCCUGACCAAGAACAUCGCCGAGCUCUGCCCCUUCCUCAUCUACAUCAUCGCGGGGCUGCCCCUGCCCAUCGGCACCAUCACCAUCCUGUUCAUCGACCUGGGCACGGACAUAAUCCCCUCCGUCGCCUUGGCCUAUGAGAAAGCCGAGAGCGACAUCAUGAACAGGAAGCCUCGCCACAAGAAGAGGGACCGACUGGUGAACAUGCCGCUUGCCGUGUACUCCUACCUGCACAUCGGCCUCAUGCAAGCACUGGGGGCUUUCCUCGUGUACUUCACCGUCUACGCGCAGCAGGGCUUCCUGCCCAGCGCUCUCAUCAACCUGCGCGUGGAGUGGGAGACGGACGACGUGAACGACCUGGAGGACAGCUACGGGCAGGAGUGGACGAGGUACCAGAGGAGACACCUAGAAUGGACCGGCUACACGGCUUUCUUCGUUGGCAUCCUUGUCCAGCAAAUAGCAGAUCUGAUCAUCAGGAAGACCCGGAGGAACUCCAUCUUCCAGCAGGGCCUCUUCAGAAAUAAAGUCAUCUGGGUGGGGAUCUUCUCGCAGAUCGUCAUCGGGCUGCUCCUGUCCUACGGCCUCGGGAGUGUCACCGCCCUGAGCUUCGACAUGCUCCGGGCUCAGUACUGGUUCGUGGCCGUGCCCCACGCCAUCCUGAUCUGGGUGUACGACGAGGCGCGGAAACUCUUCAUCCGGCUCUACCCCGGAAGCUGGUGGGACAAGAACAUGUACUACUGAGACCAGCCCGCUUCCCAGGGCUCCCGGCGGCGGCGGCGGCGGUGGCACACCGGGGGCGCUCUCGCCCGCGCCCCGGGCGCUCUUGAGGAGAUCCCGCCGGCGCCGUCGGCGCGCAUGCGCGGCUGCGAGCGUCCGUGUGGAAGCCGCGUGAGCCACGUCCGCUGAGGUUUCGUGCUGUACAGCCGAGAUUCAACUAUUUAUACAUGACUUCCACCUGUAUCCCGUCUCCUUACUUUAGAUACGUGAAUUUCGAGGUCUUGGUCUAGGGAAGGACGUGUGGACAGGCACGUAAAGCUCCCUGGCGUUCACUGGUCACCCCAGGCGUCCGCUGGGGGCCUCCCUCACGCCCCGGACAGCAUGGCUCGGGCCGCCUUCCCGCACCCUAGAAAAGGCCCGGUGGCCUCCCCAAGAGUCCUGUGAGUCCCCCAGAACAUAUGUUUUCGCGGUCGCCAUGCUCAGGAAAGGCUUAACGCAGCCAGAGAUUUGCAGGAGAGGGAAGUGGUGGCAGGUUUCCAUCGCGGCCUCCCGGAGGACCUCAGUUCUGACUCAGGGACGUCCUUCUUGAAGGCCCUGGCCGCCCGGCCGCCACUGUUUCCCUGGCUGCGUCGCCUCCUUGACGCCUCUCCCGCCACCUCUCCAGCCCUUCCGUCCCCUCCCCCAUGGCCUUCCACCCCGGCCACCCAAUCCGAGCUCCAAGUCCGCUUUGCAGACCCCGGCCCGAAGUGCCCAGCCCCGGCGGGGCGCCGCUGUGGUUUCAGUACUCAAUAUUUAUUUCUUGUAAGACGGUUGCCUGGCGCUCUCCCGCCAAAACGUCAUGUCAGUCACGUUCGCGCCCACAGGC